UUGCUCGGAGUAUGUCCCCGCCUGUUGCUGGAGCUGUGAAUAGCUGAGGCCUCCACCCGCCCCGUCCUGGGAAGAAGGCGGACAUUGUGGAUUCCACACAGGAGACUCUGCUGCUCCGGCCUCCACACACACAGAGCAUUGCAGAAGGACGGGUUUGACGUGAAACGGCGACCUCAGCCUUUGACCAUGUCGCGUCUUCUUUACUCCUUUGUCUCAAGCAUCUCUGGAGCCGUGCAGGACUUUCCUCGUCAUCGUUUACCGCUACUCUGCGCAGCUGGCCUGGGCAUCACCGCCAUCGCCUCCUGGGUGUGGUGGAGGAGAAAGCAAUGGCAGCUGUGUCAGGUGGGCACGGUGUCACAGCUCCUCAUAUACCCCAUUAAGUCAUGCCGCCCUAUCUCUGUUCAAGAGGCCGAAUGCCUAGAACUUGGUUUGAGGAAUGGGGAGCUGGAAGAUCGGCACUGGCUGGUGGUGACCGAGGACGGUCACAUGGUGACGGGCAGGCAGGAGCCACGACUUGUCCUUAUCAAUGUGAAUAGGCUUGGAGACUCUCUUUGUCUCGAUGCUCCUGGAAUGGAGAAGAUAAUGGUGCCCUUUUCUCAGCCAAAGACCAACAAGGUGUUGGAUUGCCGGGUCUUUUCAACUGACAUCCAAGGCCGUGACUGCGGAGAUGAUGUGUCUCAGUGGCUGACCACGUAUUUUCAAAGUAGCCAGCCAUACCGCUUGGUGCACUAUGAGCCUGGGGUCAUGAAACCGCGAAAGGCAAAUGAUCAGGAAAGACCGUUCCGAGAUAAAGACGUCAUUCCCUAUUCAGAUGCCGGCCCCGUCAUGCUCCUUUCUGAAACAUCCCUGGAGGAGCUAAACAAGCGCUUAGAGAACCCGGUCACUCUGGGAAAUUUCAGGCCCUGCAUUGUAGUGUCUGGAUGUGAGGCCUUUGCUGAAGAUGGCUGGCAUGACGUGACAGUGGGCACCAUAAGGCUGAAGAGGGUCAUGGCCUGUGGCCGUUGUCUUCUGACCACAGUGGAUCCGGAUACUGGAGUCAUGAGCCGGAAGGAGCCACUGGAAACUCUGAGGACCUUCCGAAACAGCGAUUCCUCUUUGAGCCACCUCUACAAGAACUCUCCGCUUUUUGGCCAAUACUACGGAGUGGAGCAAACCGGGAAACUAAGUGUGGGAGAUCCAGUCUACUCGUAUGUCAAGGUCCGCAAAGAUUGAAGUUGGCGCCUUACACUGAAAAAUCUUUAACCAACUAAAUCAAUUGUAGUCCAAUAAAGGUAUCAAUAAAAACUUGCUGAACUAA